AUGGGAAAUGGUUUGUUAGAGAAGGUGGGUUUGACAGGGUACAUAUUGAGAGGUGACGGGCCUCUUUAUGGAGCUGCUCGAGAGCAAAUCCAGUCCCUCCAAGUGGAGUUGCAUUCGGCACUAGAGGCUCUUAAGAAAGCUAAUGAGAAGGUGGCUGAGACAGCAGGGCAGACCAAGUCUUUAGAAGCAGAGCUAUCUCAGACUCGCAAAGUUCUCAAAGUGUCUGAUGAGAGGGCAGCUGCCUUGGAGGUUCGCUGCGAAGGAGUUUUAAAGCAGCUGUCCUCUAUGACGGAGGCCCUUAAAGAAAGGGACGAGGCUGUAAGCCAAAAAGCUGAGGUCCAGCGCCAAUAUGAGGCCUUAAAGGCUAAUUUUGAAGAGCUUCAAGCUCAGCUUGAGGAAGCGAAGGCGCAGAAGGAAGCAGCCCUAGCUCGGGUGGAGAUAAACUGA